AUGCCAAUAACGUCGACCACGACCACCAAUGACUUUUAUGUGGAUUUACAAUCUCCACCGCCUCAAUCACAGUCCAUGCGCUUACGUCUUCGAAAACAACGAGCAUCGAGUAAUUUGUCCUUAUCUCAUGCAGCAGCUGAAAAUCUCCGUCGACGAGUCGCUCGUGUAAAAAAGAACAAGCAUCCAAAGGAGAUGCGAGUGUUUAAACGUCGUCUACAACUAGCGGUGCGCAUUGCAGUCGGCGUUUUGCUCGCUGGUCUAGUGCAAACCCGUGGAACUGGUCGAGAAUGGCUUCUUCUACCAUCGAGUUAUUACCUCGGAGGCCUCACGGUCGCUUCUAUGAUGGUCAUUUACGCUGCCUCUAAUACGGUCGGUGGCGUGCUGGAACAAGUGUGGCAGAUUGAUGUGGGUGUUGCCAUUGCUCUGCUGUAUAAUUUUGUCGUAUUUGCGUGUGUCCCGUUAUCCCAAGACAACCUUAUGACUGUCUCUAAGAACCUCAACGGUAGUAUGUACUACGUUAGUCUGCAAGACUGGAGCGUCACUCUUCCAUUGCUCGCACUCUUUACACUCGUAGUACUACUGUCACCUAUUCAAACAAACGUGAAAAAAAUUUGCUCAUUGACACUUGUCAACCCUAUGAAUCCGAUCUUUACGACAGCGCUCAAGGACAACUCAGAUGGUAACAGUUAUUACGGCACGAAGAAUUUGCUUAAACAGCUAGCCAUCUACAGCGCUGUGGGCGUUGUUGGCACUUUGAUAGCGCUCGUAAUCAUGGUACUCCCUUAUCCGAUUUUUGCCAUGCGAAAAUUGCGGAGGCAUAUGGCUGCGUCGCCACAUGAUAUCCGUGACAUUUUGAACUUGAUAGUCGAUUCAUAUUGCUUUCGUGCCAAAGAUAUUAAGAAAAUGGAUUUCUUCAAGCUGAGGCUUGACCGACUACUCGAGAAUGCACAUGAGCGUUUGGAGACUAUGGAGUCACUAUUGAAUGACUGCUGGUGGGAAGAACUUGUAGGUCUCGGUACUUGCUUUCACUUCAACAAGACGGUGGCUAAGCAGCUUGUAAACUUAUACGGCAAGCUCCUUGCAGACUUGCAUUCAAUGAAGUUUGCCAUUGAGGCGGAGACAUGUCACUGGACACACGUCGUGCUGCUUAAGAAGAUGCAAACGCAGUUCUACGUGCUGCAAAUUGAAGCGAAUGACUUGCUUGAGGACAUCUCGCUCGAGAUCGUUCGUUCGUCGCGAUGUAUGUCCUCACCAAAAUUUGCCAGGCUUAAGCAGGCAAUCGAACAGCUUAUGGAAAAGUACACGACCCUCUACGGCAACUUGCUUUCAGCCGAUGUACACACAGCAGAUGAUGUGGGCAAGACGAUGCCGCUAAACGUGUUUGUGUACUCAUUUCACGUAUUUGUGAUCUCGUUGCUAGAUUUUGAAGGCACUUUCAACCGAAAGAAUUUCUCGGCACGAUACCGAGUCAAAAACUUUCUCAAGCUAGCAUAUCAAAGUCUGCUUCACUCUACAAACUACCCGCGCCGUCUUAUUAUCUUCGCAUUUCGGACGACACUGGCAAUUAUAAUCGGAGUUUGCUGCGCAACUUUCAUCUUCGCUUUCAGUUCUACUGCGCCUACAGCCAUCGCAAUGGUCGCUGAAGAUAAUAUUGGCGGUACCUACAGCAAUACGGUCAACCGCGUCGGAGGUUUGGUGGCUGGAACAGUGCUACCGUCGAUCUUCAGCUUCUUCGUGUGCACAGUGGCAGACGAUGAUGUGUACCAUACGCUAAACAACAUCGUGUUGUUCGUGUGGACUGCUGGGUCCAUGUACGUAUGGUUUUGUGGCCGCUAUAUGGCACUGGCAGGAAUGACGUCAGCUUUUAUGGCUGCGUCGGUGUUGCUCGAUCACAGUUGCCGAAACACAUCGUCCUCACCGACGGUGUCAUACGCAAGUCUCACUCAGAACGCCCUAGGCAUUUUGAUUUUGAUGGUCGUGGAAGUUGUAAUUUGCCCUCGCAGCUCGCGUGGUCUACUUCGUAGCAAUAUCCAGCAGUUAUUGAAGCAGUAUCGCGAAAUCUUUCACAAAGUAUUUCGUCAUCACAUUGCGAGCAACCGUCCAGUAAGUAUUUCCACAGGACAGCUUACUGAAGAGGACAUAGAGACAGCCAAUGCUCUGCUUGGUCGCAGUCAGAUCAGGGCGUUGAAACACCAAAUGAAGACCGCGAUUCCUGAGCUGCUGAAGACUCAAGCGAAACUUGUAGACGGGUCUACCAUGGAGCCAACGUUGUGGAAGCCGCCAUUCUCUACGUCCAAGUACACGAAAGUUUUGGGUGUAUGCCGCGAACUCCUCGAUCAGAUAGAUGCUCUUGUGGAUCUCAUGGACUGGCACGAUAAUCGUCGAAACAGCGGAAAAGACAAGCUUUUACGACGUUGGCACCAAAGCCGGAUUGACGCUGAAUGCACUGCAGCCUUCACAGCAGCACAGGAACCUCCUUCUCCGACUUCAGCAGCCGUCUUAGAAAUGGUGGGUGAGGAAAGCGUAACGAUUGAAAACUCUUCAUUACCACAAUCUCCGUCCUCGCCGCUGCCCAACGUAACUACGACGUCGCCUGCUGUGGCAAAAAUUAAGUGGGACCAAAGCUUGGCAGUUGUGGAAGUUGGCAUCGUAGAAGCCUUUGACACGUUGGCGACCUUGUUCGGAGAUGAGUUUUCAGGUUCAACCGCUGAAGAUCACGCGAUCUACUUGCAGAUGAAAGAAGCCUUUCGUAUUGCUGAUGUGCACCGUCGCGGUGUAGUCGAUGUCUCGGAGCUCGGCAUUUUGCUUGAAAAGCUCAUGCCGUACGCUGGCAGCCAAGGCAUUGAAGGAAUGGAGCAAUAUGUGGAUGAAUUCAUGCAAUUAGUGGACAAGGACAAUGACGGCAAAAUUUCGUUUUGCGAAUUCAUGCAGGCGCUAAACGAAGGAUUCCGACUGGAGCUCGAGAUCUACGACGAUCAGCCGCAAGUUCCGAUAGCGGACGUGAUGACUGGGUCCAAUGACGCACAUUUUGCUCACUCCAAUAGCAUUCGCUUACUUCGCAAGAGUACACAUCGCCGUAACUCUCUCCAACCAAUGGAACCAGGCAAAGUCGAAGAUCCCCAAAAAGACGUAACUAUUGAUUUGCCAUCACCUCCGGAAGACUCUCGUCCCCGACGAUCAUCCAAUUUUGUCGACAUAGUAGCUUUCAAGACAUCAAAUCCCACAUCUACCGUUUUGAAUGAUGCGAAACCCAUGAUGACGAAUAUUCGUCGAAGAAACCGCUUUCGCGGUUUGUCGUCAGCAAGCGAAAGUUCUGCACCUGAAGCGUUACUUAACGUAGAGGCUUUUACACUUAAAGAAGCUGCAAUGGCUUUGAAACAAAGCUAUGGGGAGUGUUUGUUGGGAUACGUAGACGACCACAACAAACGCGUAACGAUGGAGGAAUUUAUUCUCAUGAGCUGCGUCAUCAGUGCAUGUGAAAAAAUUGCCGAGAAUUUGACGCGUUUGAACAAACUCGCAGCUUCCUAA